GUCCGUGUCUGAGGAGAGACCUGCUGAACUGGAUGUUGGCUACAUCCUGUCAGCAGGGCCACCUGGACGUGGUCCGGCUGCUGGUCCACGGCUACGAGGCUGACGCCAAAGACUGCGCCAUCCACAGCGAUGAGUUUGCCGUCAUCACGGGGCUCCCGCUGUACGCCGCUGCACGAGCAGGUAAUGAGGAGAUCGCUUGCUUCCUGCUGCAGAACGGAGCGGGGUUCUCCUCGUACACGCUGAUGGACCAUCCAGCCUUCAGCAAACACCUCCUCAGACUCAAACUGCAGGAAACCUCCAACACAGAGGGAGAGAAGAGUGUCUCUGUGUGUUGGAGCGGUCUGCAGCUGCCCUGGUUGGAGCUGGACUGGUUCAUGGACGUCUCGUCUCGUAUCACCGACCUGGAUCUGUCCUCUAACAGCCUGGCAGCUCUGCCCUCCGUGGUGCCCUGGGGUCUCCUGCACCUGCAGACUCUGGAUCUCUCCAACAAUCUGCUGAAAGAGCUGCCGGCUGCUCCCAGCUCCCAGGAGGUCAUCUGCACCAGGUACACACA